AUGAUAAAAGGUGGUCUUCCAGGACUGCUAAAAUCAAAUGUGAAGUUUAAUCUGUAUGCAGGUUAUGUUAAUGUUGAUGAAAAGAAUGGGAGAAGCCUUUUCUAUUACUUUGCUGAAUCUUCUUCUAGAAAUGCUUCUUCUAAACUACUUAUUCUCUGGCUAAACGGAAGUCCAGGAUGUUCAUCAUUAGGAUUUGGGGCCGUGCUUGAACUUGGUCCUUUUGGUGUAAAUCCUGAUGGUAAAACCCUUUAUUCCAGAACAUUUGCAUACAAAGUUGCAAAUGUAAUGUUCCUGGAGUCACCAGCAGGGGUUGGCUUCUCCUAUUCUAACACUAGCUCCGAUUAUGCAUUCUCAGGCGGCAAGAGGACUGCUGAAGAUACAUAUAGGUUUCUAGUGAAUUGGUUCAAGAAGUUUCCACAUUACAAAGGCAGGGAUUUCUACAUCAUGGGAGAAAGCUAUGAAGGAUUCUUACGAAAGGACUUGUAA